UCUAUUCCAGUAUUUCCCUUGAAGUGUGAAGUACAGAAAUACCUGUGGGGUAAAGUAGGACACGAUAGUGAGGUUGCUAAGCUGUAUUUGAGUGCAGACCCAAAAUUUGAAGUAGAGGAGAACACAACAUAUGCAGAGCUAUGGAUGGGCACACAUCCAAAUGGUCCAUCCAGGAUAAUUUCAAGCUCAGGAGACGCAGAUAUCGACUUAGGAGCAUGGGUUCGGAAGAAUUCUGAUAGCAUAGGAACAGAAAUGGAAAAAAAUAAGGACCUUUCAUUCUUAUUUAAAGUCCUUUCUGUCAAAACAGCACUAUCCAUUCAAGCACAUCCAAAUAAGGUUCUCGCUGAAAAGAUACAUAGGGAAGAUCCCAAGGUUUAUAAAGAUCCGAACCACAAACCAGAAAUGGCUAUAGCCCUGACCCCCUUCCAGGGCCUCUGUGGGUUCAGACCUAUUAAAGAAGUUGCUAAGUUUCUUAAAUACAUUGAAGAGUUCCGUACUGCAGUUGGUGGUCAGCAUGUUGUGAAGCUGCUCUCAUCAAGUAAUUGUGUAGACCAGGCUCUUCAGAAAGAGGCCAUGAAGGACUGUUUCACAGGCCUUAUGAACCAGAAAAAGGAAGUGAUCCAUGCCCAGCUCAGCAGUCUAGUUAACCAUGUUACAGAGCUUGAAAAAGAGGGCAAAGAUACCAGCAUGUAUGAGGCAGAUGUUCUACUGAAAGUAAAUAAAGAAUUCCCAGGUGAUGUGGGUUGUUUUGCCAUCUACUUCCUCAAUGUCGUCAAUUUGAAGCCAGGAGAGGCGAUGUUUCUGCGUGCUAGCUUGCCACAUGCCUAUCUCUCUGGAGACUGUAUAGAGUGUAUGGCAUGCUCGGACAACACAAUCAGGGCAGGCCUAACACCAAAGUUCCGCGAUGUUAAACUCUUGUGUGAGAUGUUGGACUACGCCAGCCUCUCUGUAGCUCAAGCGAAGUUUAGACCCAUUCAGCGAGGAAAUGUGACUUACUAUAAACCGGACAUUGAAGAUUUCAUGGUGACCAAGGUUGAGGUGCCUGCAGACACCACAAGUGGAAUACUACAAUGUAUAGACAGCGCCAGCAUCUGUAUCGUCAUCCAAGGUGAAGGACAAGCAUCGUCUUGUUCAUUGGUCAGCCCGUUAGACUUGAACAGGGGAUUUGUGUUCUUUAUUGCUGCUAAUGAAGAAGUUCAUCUUACAGUCAGCUCACAAGGAAUGCUGGUGUUUCGGGCUUCAUACAGCGUCAAAAUACCAUCAGCCUAAUCAACGGCACCAGAUACAGCACAACCAGAGGGAUUGAAAUAUUUGGCCAAGGGGGAUUAGAUAUGUUAGGAUUUAGGAAGUAGGUCGAGUCUUACUAUAUAUACCAUCAGAUUUUAGUUUUUUAGGUAAUGGUGGGGGACCUUUAGAUAUUUACCAGGUUUUGAGUUAAGAUUUUAACAUGCAUUUAAAAAUGACAAAUUUUUGCCUGAAUUCAGAUAACAGGCGGCAUUUCUCAAGAUUUGGUGUGGUGCUGACAGGCAAAAACCAACAAAAAAACACCACCCAAAGAAAAAAGCUGUUGUAGUAUUUUAUUCAUUUCUAAGAAAUUGAAAUUAGGUGGUAUCGACACACAGCAAAGGUAUAAGUAGUUCUUUAUAUUAAUUAGUUCCAACUUUUUUCUAGUUCAGUUCAUAAGAUAUACUUAUAUUGUAGGUCUGCAGUGUUUCUGGUAGCAAUUACAUCGGUAGAUAAGGACUAUUUCAAAUAUGAUUUAUGAUAUAGGGGUGUUAUGUCUGACAUUAUUAUUUAUGUAGUUAGUAACAAAAAACACUUCCCCCUUUGUAUGUUUGUCUAUGGAAUAUCCUUCAUGGAUAUUGGUUGGGAAAUGCUCUUGUUUGAUUUCAGCCUAUAAUGUUGAUGUAUUGUAUAGAGAUGUACAAGAUAACUGGUGCGAUUUGGUUGUUUUGAAAUUAUAUUUUACUUGCAAAAUAUGUGUUAUCUGCAGGCAAUAUCUGUGUUUGCAUUGACUAGCUGUAGUAAAUUACUAAUUAUUUUCCACAGAUUUCAUAUUUUUGAAUAACACUUUUUAUGCUCUCACCUUUCUAAAAAGGGAUGGUGGGGUAUAUGUAGUGGUACUCAUGUCCAUUCGCCCUGUUCAAUUCCAAAUCAAUGUCAUAGCUUGAGAAUUUUCAAAUAGAUUUGGAUUAUAUUUAACUCACAGUAUCAUGACAGCAUGUUCAAUUCCUUGGUGUACUAUGUCGGUCAAUAUUUACUGGUCAUUGACAACUAAUUUAUCAAUUUAUUAAUUUAUUUUUUCAUAUUAAGUUGUUUUACUGCUAGUUUUGCAUUCAAAAUGAAUCAAGAAUAUGACAGUAGAUUCAUCAAAACAAAACGAUAUACUCCUAGUAAUAGAUAUAAUAUUGUGGUUCUUUGUGUGAAUAAACAUUAGCGGGAUAUAUUAUUAGCAAUCACUGUUUAAAUAGCAGGUCGCUAGCAUAAAAAACCCAAGAUGUAUAUAACCUGUGACAUGUGGACCUACAAUGUUUAUUUAAAAAAAUUUCUAUCUGAUAUGUAUGUUACAAAUUUACUACAGGUAUUACCUGUGACAUGUGGACCUACAAUGUUUAAUUAAAAAAUCUAUCUGAUAUGUAUGUUACAGAUUUACUACAGGUAUUACCUGUGACACGUGGACCUUCAAUGUUUAAUUAAAAAAUCUAUCUGAUAUGUAUGUUACAGAUUUACUACAGGUAUUACCUGUGACACGUGGACCUACAGUGUUAAAUUUUAAAACCUUCUAUCUGAUAUGUAUGUUACAAAUUUUACUACAGGUAGAUUAAUUCAUCAUUUUGACAUCACUUGAUGUGAAGUUUUGGAAAUUUUAUAUCUUAUAUUAAUUUUGUCUCGUCAAACGUUUCACUUAAUGAUCAUUUAAAACAGUUGAAUCAAGUUUUGAAUUUUAUUUAACUAUUUAACUAUAAUCAUAAUUUUAAUUGUACUGGCUUCUACUUUCGGUUUCAUAUGAUUUUCAACCAUACUACAUAAAAGCAUUUAAGAGUGAAAAGAGACUUUCUUUGACUGUAGCAUAAUAGAUUUUGAAACAAUAUUUGAUUUGGGUCCAAAACUUAAUUGUAUCUCGCUCAGUGAAUUUGACAGAAGUAAUAAAUUAGGCUCCAAUCAUCCAUGGAUGUUGCUGAACUUGGGUUACAGAUGCUGCAUUUGACUUAUAUUUCAUGCUUCAGUGAUUUAUAAAAAAUCUUGGUAAGAAGAAUUAUGCAGUCACUAUCUGUGAAACCAUUGGCGUUACUUGAAUAAUACUUGUAUUGAUGUAACUUACAAUUUUUCUUUCCUACAAAAUUUUGAUGCAAUAGUUCACUGUAUCUGUAAAUUACUAGAGUGUACUACAUUGUAAUGUGUGUUUGAAAACUUGUUUCCCGAGCAGGCAAUUUCAAAAAACAUAUCUUAUUUUUAAUUGUGAAAAGAAUAAAAAUCACUCUUGUUGGUCACAAUUCAAAUAUGCAUAUUUUAGUUUUGAUCUGGCAGAGUUUAAAACACCCGAAGGAAAAUCCACAUGGGUAAAUAGUUAUCUUGAUGUCUUUUUAUGUUCAUGCAGGGAAUCAAACCGAGGUCAUCUUGAUGAACAACAUGUUUGUGUAUUAUUCACCAUUUUCACCACCAAAUAACGUGUGUACGAUAGAGCUUGUUAAAAAGUACACUGCUAAAUGUAGUGUAGUUGUGAUAACAUUUCAUUACAAACAGCAAUUUUGACAAAAUUGCAAUCAAACUACAGGUAUGUUUACCUCCACUGUGUAAAAUGGCCAAACUGUUCUUUGUUCAGGAAGUCUAUGUAUGUAAACAGGACUGUUUUUUUAUGUGUUGGAAUUGUAUAUUUGUUGGUUGAUAUCUGUUAUGUAUAUUACUAAAAUCUUUUAGGUUUUAAUGUUACUAACAUCUUUUAAAACAAAGUUUUUGUCAUCAAUGUUUGAAUAAUCCCAUCAAAUUGAUAUUGGAGAUGGAUCUCUGACACGUGUAUGACUCAUACUUUUGCAAACUGUAUAAAAAAAUUUUCAAAUUUUAUUAUGAAGUUGAUUUUUAAACUAACGUCACUCUGACACAAUGUAAUCAUGUUUUCUUCACUGGAAUUCUGACAUUUUUUAUAUCAUUUUAAGAUCAAUGAGUGGGAAGUCUGUUCAAUUCCUUAAUAAUUUAUUAUCCACUAAUAAUCCUCAAAUUGUAGAUUUUUGAAAGUUAGGCCCUGAAAAUGGCAUAUUUCUCAAUGAAACAGUUUGUUAAUUGGGACCAUUGCACUAGAGUAGUCUGAUAGAAUAUAACUACUAAUAAUUACAUUAACAGGUGCUUGUUUAUAUACAAGAGAAAAAUAAAUAGCUGUAACAUACUAAUAAACAUAUUGUACUCAAACUUUAUAUCCUAUUUUACUGGUUUAAAGUCCCAGGGGAAGAGCUACAAUCUACAUAUACUAAAUUAAUAUUCAUGAAUUGUCAUUCCGUUAUGUAAAAAUGUAUACUUAAACAAGACCUUUUUGUACUGAGUUUUGUUUAUUCAAAUUAAGACACAAUUUUAAUGAUCUCUUUAAUUCUUAGAAAUCCUGUGUAAGAGAAAUAUACUUUCAGUUAAUGUUACCAGGGAGCAUGACCAUUAUUAUCUACAUGUUUUUGUCAUUGUCCCAUCUUUAUGGUAGACAAGUGGGAGAAAUAGGUCUUCACAAGAAAAUGCUUUAGUCAGUAGACGGCAAACCUACAUGGCAGUGUUACCAACUGAUUCUGUCUGGUCAACCUGACUUUGGCAAUAUCAUAACCUGAUACAUAUUAAGAAAUGCUUCAGUCAUCCAAUAUUGCUUCAAUCACCCAAUAUUCUUUUAUGUUUGAUCAGUAUUUACAAACUUCAAAAUAAAGUUUUCGGUCAGAUAUAGUUUAAAUUGUCUUUAAACAUAACAUGAAACAUUAUCUAAAUACAUACUGGUGUGAUAACUAUACAUUAGAACAGAUCGUGGGUCCAUCUUUGUAGACAGCUCUUUAACACACCCUUCACCUCUGGUCGAAGGGAUAGGAUCACAUGACUGAGGAGGUUGGUGACACUGACUCUUUAAAGUGAUUACCUGUUCAUAUACAUUACUGCACAACAUCAUCAUGUACAAGAUUUCUGUAAAAAUUUGACUUAUUUCUUUGUUAAUCAUGUUCAGGACCUGUGGAUAGAAAAUAAUUUUCCAUUUGCAACCUAAACCAUUCCAUAAUAGAAUCUACUGUCAAAAUCAGAGACCCAAUAAAGUUAUGUGCAGUAGAACCUCGUAAUCUGGAAGUCGGCAGUUUAAGUAAGUUAAAAUAUUAGGUGUGAAGUUUGGCAGAGGCCGACUAAAUUCCUCAAAUUUUACAGUGGCUAUAAGUUAUAAGAGUCUGAGUUAAUGAGGUUCAACUGUUUGUGAAAUGAAAGGAAAAUAUGUAUUAUUGGGUUGGGGUCAAAUGGAAAUCGUAUUUUCUUUCUGGUCGAUAUCAAUCAUAACAACAACAGUAUCAAGUAUGCUGUGCUCUCUUCUCUAGUUUUUCUUUUCUUUUUUCAUAUGUGUUGGUUUUUUCAGACCAAAGUGUAAUGUGGAAAUGUCCAAUAUGAUUGAUGACAUUACGACAUGAUACUGUUGUAAUCUAUGCAAUUAGAAGACAGUCGAAGGGAUAAUGUAUUAUUGUUGCAAAUUUUAAAUGUUGUUUAUAAAGAUAUGAAGUGUCAGCUUCAUAAUUAGCUAGAUUCAUGAUGAUUCAGAUUGAUUUGGUGUGGAUACUAAUGUCUGCUGAAGAAAUGUUCCUCUCUCUCUCUCCUGUUGAACUGAUUUUGUGUAUACACUUUGUUCUUAAAGGCUUGGAUCUGUUUUGUUUACAUGUUUUUGUUUAUAUUGUAUAUUACCAUACGAGUAUAAUAAACUGGAAUGUGUACAAGGUGAA